GCACUUCUGUUCCGGCUGCCUGUGACGGCUGCGCAGAGGCAUGAGCUGAUCGAGAAGCUGGCUGGACAAGGCAUCUACAAGCGGUCUCAGCUGGAGUAUGGCGAGUUCAAGGACACCUUAGAAGACUUUGAGGCCGUCGCACGAAAGAUGUUUGAGGAUGAGCAGGCAGCGGCCAAGAGGGACAAUCUGCGGAGAAGCCAGCCAAACCAGAUCCAGCGGCACGACGUGAUGCAAGAUCAGCUUAAUGAGAACGGUGCCGCGCAGCAGGCAUCGCAACAACUCUCUGGCCAGCUCGAGUGGCUCACCAAACAGGCCGAAAAAGAAGGACACCACAGGCUCAAAGAGAAGACCAACGAGAUGCUCAAGACGUUGCAAUUGAAGAUCGAGCCCUCUCUCCGACAACAGGCAAAGCAAAUCACCACAGACCUUCAGGCCACAGAUGUCGCAGAUGCGGAUGAGAGAGCAGGAAAAUUGGAGUUCAAGGAAGUCAGAUCCGGCGGAACCGUGAACUUGAAAGACCUUUCUGAGCGGCUUGGCCUCUUCCGUGGACUGGACCUCUACGGUGCUAUUGGUGACACUAUGAAGAGCCCCGUGGUUGAAGUCAAGACUGACGAGUCCGCCGCCUUUGACUCCAUGGUGCCUUUGAUUCCGGACGAGGAGACAUCUGAGAUGACCGUGCAGUGUGAAUCCGCACAGGCCAUGUCCAGCGUUGAGCGGUUCGUUGCCACCUGGGGCACCUCCUCCUUCGACAGCACUCGCAGUGAGCUCAAUGCCGCAAUCAGCGCUUCCGCGCUGGGUGCCGAGUUCGAAUUCGGUGGAAGCUACAGCAACGAAAAGAGCAAAGGCAGAAGCAGCACCAAGCAGGACUCCGACACCAAAGAGAAGAAUAGGGAGACAAAAACCUUCCAGAAGAUCCGAUACUACAGCGAGCCCAGAGCACUGGUCAAGAUUCCACCUGAGAUGUUGGAGCCGACUGAGGCCUUUCGGACGGCUCUGAGAGACGCAUCAAAUGAAAUCAAACGGGUGCAGAAGUCUCAUCCAGAUCCUGGACACCGGACGCCUUUGAGAAGGCAAAACUUACGCAAAUGGGAUGAUGAAGCGCAGGAGCUUCGCACGAUCGUGACGCCCAUUCUUGAAGAGUUUGGCUCCCACAUUUGCACCAACGUCCUCCUCGGAGGAUAUUGGAAGGUCAAAGCCAAGUUCUCCAGCGAUUCCAAGACUUCUGUGAACGAAGUGUGCGCAAUGGCCACUGAGGCGAUAGAGCAAGCUGCGGCCUCGAGUAGCGGCAUGAACGUCGGCGCCUCCACAGGAAGAGGUGCAGCGGGGAUGCUUGCAAGAUUCAUGGGCGUCCCGAGCGGCAGCGCAGAAGCGUCCUUUGGGCAUUCGAAGAAGCAACAGAAAUCGGAGGACAGUGCCAGUGCACGCACCAACAGGGAAGAAGAAAGUGCGCAGAAGUCAGUGAUGGAUGUCACGCAGGAGUGGAAGGGUGGCAUCAGCGGUGCUUCUGCCUCAGAAUGGCGGCAAAGCCUCUACGACAGCCAGAAUUGGAAGCUGAUUGACCGACAUGUGGAUGAGUGCUUCGGGGUUUGGGAGUGGGUCGACGAGAGUUACGCUGACAAUCUUGCCACGGAAAUGAAAGCAGCAUGGGCGGACAGAUUUGUUGACAGUCUCGACUGGGGGAUGAAGGAUGAGGCCAAACAGCAGAUCAAAGAGGCCUUGUCCAAACACUAUGAGGGCAGUCUCUUUGUGCACCUCCAACAUGCGUGCAACGAGAUGAAUGGAGUGCUCAGCAAGAGAACACGGAGUUGUGUCACCUUUGAGUCGUCGGAUUGGAAAAUCAUCAACUACUUCCCCAACAAUCAACAUUUCGAAGAGCUUCGGCUGCAUGCGUUUGCUCACGCCGGCUGCAAACAGGAGAAUCAUGGCUUCACGGGCGGCAUGGCCGAGGGCUUCCUUUUCAAAGACGAACACACCGAGCCUGUAUACAAGCAGAGCGAGGAGAGGACUUGGGGAGCCUGGCUUCUGAGCUGGUGGGACAAGGAGGUAAUUCGAAAACCCGAAGGAACACAGUCAGGGAAGGCCGUGUCCUUUGCGAUGAGAUGUAUUCGCGGCACCGGCUUGAAGCAGUUUCCCAAAGAGAGAAUCCCAACAACUGUUGCGGAGACGGACUUGAAGAGCGCUUUUGCAGUCUAUGACCAGGCGCAAAGUGCUUGCCACAACCGGAACUUCGCAGCCGGCAUCGCCUUGGGAGAGCUGGGUCUCUUAUGCUUCGAGCCUGAGAUUGUCCAUUAUGAGUACCUGCUGCUGAAUACAAUCCCGGCAAAUGACGUUAUGACAAAGUUGUCCAUGGCAGCUGCGGCCUGGUGCAGAGAGAAGUCUUGGGACACCGGAUUCCCCAUCGCUUUCCAUGAAACCCUGAAUCAGGGUGAUGCAAACGCGAACAAGCUCAAUUCUGCGGUCCUGAACAUGGCCUGCCUCGGGCUGAAGUUGCCCCCGAGGCACGACAUGAGCAAACGAAAGCACCGCAGAUUCGAAGUAACCACGUCGACUACGACGACAACGAAGUCCACUACGAGAACUACCACCACCACUACCACAACCACCACCACAACUACCACCACAACUACCACCACAACCACACCAACCACAACCACACCAACCACAACCACAACAACGACAACAACAACCACCACCACAACCACGACAACGACAACAACAACUACGACGACCACAACCACGACAACCACUAG